AUGGCGUCCACGGGCACGCAGAUCUUCGCCUUCGUGCUGGCACUGCUGGGCAUCCUGGGCGCCACGGUGGCCACGCUGCUGCCCAACUGGAAGGUGAGCGCGGACGUGGGCUCCAACAUCAUCACAGCCAUCUCGCAGAUGCAGGGUCUGUGGAUGGACUGCACCUGGUACAGCACGGGCAUGUUUAGCUGCACACUCAAGUACUCGGUGCUGGCCCUGCCCGCCUACCUGCAGACGGCACGCACCACCAUGGUGCUGUCGUGCGUGCUGGCGGCCCUGGGCCUGUGCCUGGCCUCGCUGGGCCUGAAGUGCACGCGCUGGGGCGGGGGACGCCGCGCCAAACGCCACGCGGCCCUGGCCGCUGGUGCCUGCUUCCUGGCUUCCGGCUUCCUCUGCCUCGUGCCCGCGUCCUGGUACACGAACGAGGUCAUCGUCACCUUCUUGGACGCCAACGUGCCCGAGAGCAACAAGUUUGAGCCGGGCGGCGCCGUCUACGUGGCCUUCAUCUCGGCGGGCUUCCUCUUCGUGGGCGGUGCCAUCUUCUGCCUGUCGUGCUCGGGCAAGCGACACGGGCCACAGGACCUGGUCCUGCUGCCCCCGGACAAACUGCUCUUGCAGCAGCAGCAGCAGCAGCUGCUCCAGGCGCCGCCACCCCAGGACCCGCUCCAGCACCAGUACUGCUCCCUCUCGCCACUGGACAACAAGACUGGCUACAGCCUGCAGGACUACGUCUAGGCCAGGAUUGCGCAGCGCGGUUGGGCCCGUGGGGUGGUGGUGGUGGUGGUGGUUGGGGGCGCCGACGGCUUGCCCCCUGCCCCUGGUGAU